AUGAAUUAAUUACAUUUUAUCCUCCUUUUAGAGCUGCUGAUCUUAUAUCUGAUAUCUUUAAAUAAGAAAAUUUAAGCAGGCUAUUAUGAACCUAUUCCAUCUAAAUAUAAUUCGGAUCUAUAAGAUAUUUUAAAAUUACUUUUAUAAGUUGAUCCAAAUGAAAGACCUAAUUGUGAUUAAAUUCUUAAGAAUCCUAAAGUUAUUAAAGUUAGUUAUUAGUAGAAGUAGAAUAGAAUGGUAUUAAAUAAGCUAAAUAUUAUAAACUAUUAAGCUUCCAAUCAAUUUAAAAUAAUUAAAAGAUAAUUUACCAUAAUCAAAAUAUUAAAAUAGAAUGAAAAGAUCUCAUUGAUAAUAAAGAAUCAAAAUUGA